UUUCCCAUUCUCAGAUCAGGAGUAGGCUACAACCGCGCGGGACGAUCAUCUCCAGCGGAAGGCUAAUUAAUUCUCUUAAACCGAUACUGUAACAUUAAGUUGUGAUCGGAUUACCUUAGCCGCAAAAAUGGUGAUCUCAACGGUAUUAAAGCAACUUAAAUCCCACCCGGCGUUGAUCCCUCUCUUCAUUUUCAUCGGUGGAGGAACAGGCAUGUCCAUGCUGUACCUAGGCCGGCUGGCAACCAAGAACCCAGAGUGCUCGUGGGACCGUACAAACAACCCAGAGCCCUGGAACAAAGUGGAUCCCAACCACCAGUACAAAAUGUUCACAGUGAACAUGGACUACUCCAAGCUGAAGAAGGACAGGCCUGACUUCUAAACGCCGGAGUCUCUAACAGCACCCCCUACUGCACAGGAGCCGGAUGCCUCUCACAUCAUAGUCAUGCUGAAAUCAUAUGGUCCAAAUCAUAUCUGGGAGAAGAGGACCUUCACAGCCAUUUUGCCGUGGAGGUCACAGUCAAGACACACAUGCAUUCAGUCAGUACACACACACACACACACACACACACACACACACACGCACACACACACACACACACACACGCACACACUCUCAUGCAUUAUCAUCAGAUACCAUUCGCUUCCUAUGUUUAACCUUUCUCCUCUCGCUGGUUGUCUCUCCCUGCCAAAUGAAAUCAGACAGCCUCCUACAUGUUAUAAUCAGAAAAGCUCUUAGUGUGCUUUUGAUUGAUUGUGACUUUUAUUUAAUUUGAACAUUAUUAAUGUAAAUUGUGUUUUUGCAAAUAAAUGCACAUUAAGAAUA